UUGCUCGUAGCGGUUGGCAGCAGCGCUUGCCACAAAAUAUAUACAAAUUGUUUAAGUUUGACUUUGGCUAAGAGGCGCGUCGUUUGAAGUGCAAUAGGCAUUAAGUGUUAAUGGCAGAGCGCAUAAUAUAAAUAUAUAAUUUAUGCCAGUUAGAUCGUUCGUGAUUGAAUUGAAUUUUGGCACGUGUAGUGUCUAGUGUUGGUCUCUAUGUGUCUAAAGUGCGCUGUGCUCUUGACUUUGUUGCUAAAUGCAAAAACUGACUUUUGAUCUUUAAGCGAAAUAAAGAUCAGCUUGUGACCGUCGUCGCCGUCGUCGUCGUCGUCGCAGUGUUAAGCUUAAUUGAAUAUGCGACAGAAUUAACAAGACCAUAUGGAAUGUUUUUAAGCGCUACACCUACUACAGCUGCAAUUUGUUUGUUAAUUUCCAACGACAGCAACAACGACAACAAAGUUAUUAAACAACUUUAUCAGCCAACAAUUAGAUUGCGCACAACAAAAGCAACAGCAACAACAACAGUAGCAACAAUGGCAAUUAAACUUAAAGAGCUGCGACUUUGGAGUCUCGCAUUUCUAUGCUCUGCGCUAUUUUUGGCCACUGAGGGCCAAAAUGCGAAUCGAACUGCAGGCAACUCGCUGCUGGUGCAAAAGACGUCCUUCUCCUGCGCAGGACGACCAGCAGGCUACUAUGCGGAUGUGGAGACGGGCUGUCAGGUCUAUCACAUGUGCGAUGGCAUUGGCAGGCAGUUCAGCUACGCAUGUCCCAACACCACGCUCUUCCAGCAGCGCAUGCUGAUCUGCGAUCAUUGGUACAUGGUCAACUGCUCCAAGGCCGAGAGCAAUUAUGCAGCCAAUCUGCUAAUAGGCCAACGCGAUAAGCCUUUUGUGAAUGAUGAGGAGAACAAUUUGCGCACACCACGCCCCGAUUUACUGGAUCGCCCAUAUGCGCCUGAUUACUCGGGUGAAUCCUUCAGAAGCCAGUACAAGCAAAUAACGCCAAGUCAAAAUCAAAUACGUGAUGAUAGCUCCAAGUCUGGCAACAAAUUGGAAUCACCAGCUGGACAAACACGCUGGCGCAUACCGCCGCCCAGUCGCACCAUUUUGCCACCAGCGUAUGAGCCACAAAUAGAGCUGGCCAGCAGCUCAGCAGCGCCACCGCUGCCACCCAGACCCAGAGUGCCCAUCAGCAGCACAAGCACCACCAGCACCACUGCAGCUACACGUCGUCCUGUAGCCUUUGUGCCGCCAGUAACGCCACGCACUGAGGCGCUGCAUCUGCGCAGACCCAUUGUUAUAGCCAACGAAUUGGAUGAUUUGGGCACCAGCCACAGCACGCGCUACAAUACAUCAGCGGAUUUUAAUUCAGCGGAGCUGCCAGCAGCUGAAACCAAAAACAGCACCAAGCUGCUCAAAUUUGUUAAGACGCCUUCGAAGAUCUACGAGCCACCAUUUGUUUAUCCCAUUUACAAUCUAGAGGAUACGCAGCCCGCUGCGGAGACCUUGCGCACAUCCUCAGCAGCGCCGUUUAGCACUGCAGCCAGCACACAUCGCUUUGCAGGCUUUGCCUCCAGCAGCACAACAGCGCGACCCAUAAGCCGACCCACUACCAAUGCGGGCGCGCCUUUCUCCUAUGCCACACUGCCCACUACAGUAAGCAGCAGCACCAGCAGCAAUCAACGCGUUGCAGCAACAGCAGCGUUGCGGCCACUGGAGCAGCGCACGCCAACACCAGCGCAAAGUUUUCGCCUGAACCGACCUGUAAGCAGCACAACAGCUGCGCCCAAACUGCAGCAGCAGCAGCAGCUGCCAUUUAAUGAUCUGCUGCCGCCAUUUGUAGAGUUUGUGCCACAUGACAUUGCCACAACACAGGGUCCGCCCAUUUACUAUGAAUGGAAAGUGCCAGCGAAUGGCUUGGAGCCGCCCAAACUGGAUGCACCCAUAGGCGUAGAUGGACGCGACUACCCCGAAGGCAGCAGCGACUACACAAACAAGCCCAAGCCGGAGGCUUUCAAUAGCAGACUUAACGAUAUCAGCCCAGUGAGUGUCAAGCGUGUGCCCAGCUUACGCUCGAUUAAGCCCAAUGAGCUGCCUAAGGCGCAGCGACGCGCAGACGUUGCCAGCAGCUCGUCUACAGCGGACAUAACACAGCUGCGCAAGCAGCUGUUAAUACCAGAGAUUGUGUUUCCGCUGGAAACAAUUGGACGCACUGGUUAUGCGGCUGGCGCCAGUGCAGCUGGCGAUGUGUACAACUCAUUUCAGCUAAAGAUACCAGAGCGUCGCAGCAGCGGCAGCGGCAGCGCCAAGAGCGGCAAAUGGUUUGGCGAGAAUCCCAAGUGCCCAGAGUGCCAUCCAUCCUUUGUGCAGCCCGGCAGCUGCGAGCCCUGCCUGCGUAGAUAGUUCACUCUAAGCUUAAGUUCCACACCACAUCCGCUAAAAAGCUACAGCUUUAGUAUUAGAAUCAAACGUAUAUCCCAUGCAUUUAAAUGUUAAUGUUAUUGUAUAUUCACAGUAAAAAUAAUGCGCAUUAAAUACGUAUAAUGUAUGUAUAUGUAAAAACUAUGUACACGUACAUACAAUGAUGAAAACUGAGUUCACAAUUGCUACGUUACAGGUGGUAAGUAAUUAAUUAAUUAAACAUUUAACAUUAGCUGCAAAGUUCUUGUUGCUGUUCUUGUUGUUGUGGGUUGCUUGCCUAAAACGGCAGUCUAAUUUUAGUUAGUUACUAGAGAUGGGCCUACUACAUAUGCUUUGGAUUCAU